AUUCAUUAAAUUUAUUAUAUAUAUAUAUUACAGUAGCAUGUCGUUCAUUCUCACACACUCACUAAGUUUGUAUCCUUGCACAGCUUAAUGGAGUUUAAAAAUCUAUCUGUUUUAGCUCUCUUUUUCUUGACUCUUCUAGGAAUUCAUGCAUCUAAAUCAGGAGAAGAAUAUUGGAAAUCUGUUUGGCCAAACACUCCUAUACCAAAGACACUUUUGGAUCUCUUAUUGACUGAUAAAGGAACAAGUAUUCCUAUCAAAAGUCAAGAAGAGAAGCAAUAUUGGACUAUCUUUUUUGAACAUGACCUAUAUCCUGGAAAAACAAUGAACUUAGGUAUCCAAAAACAUUCAGAUAUUCAAUCAUCAAAAUCAACAACACAUGCACCCGUCAAAAGAGCAAGCCAUACUUUUAAGACUCUCAAAGGACUUGGACAAACACCUGAAAAAGAAACUACUAAAACAAAUCAACCUUUUGGAACGUUUGUGUGGUGGUAUAAAAAAGAAACUGGAAGACCAACCACUAGGAGCGACAAAGAAACCAAAAUAGAAACUACUGCAACAAAUCAACCUUUUGGAACAUUUGUGUGGUGGAAUAAAAAAGAAUUUGAUAGACCAACAACCAUUAGGAGUGACAAAUUAACCAAAAUAGAAACUACUAGAGCAAAUCAACCUUUUGGAACGUUUGUGUGGUGGUAUAAAAAAGAAAUUGAAAGACCAACCAUUAGAAGCGACAAAACAACCAAAAUAGAAACUACUACAACAAAUCAACCUUUUGGAACGUUUGUGUGGUGGAAUAAAAAAGAAACGGAUAGACCAACCAUUAGGAGUGACAAAGUAACCAAAAUAGAAACUACUAGAACAAAUCAACCUUUUGGAACGACUGCGUGGUGGCAUAAAAAAGAAACUGAAAUAGAAACUGAAAACAACCUAUUGGAAGAAAAUCAACCUUUUGGAUUAAGUGAACAGGGUAAAAAAGAAACUAAAAAAUCAAAUCAACCUUUUGAAACCCAGACAUUAGAUGAAAAAGAAGCUCACGUUCUUAACAGCUAUUGUGGAACUCCAUCAGCAAUAGGAGAACACAAACAUUGCGUCCUAUCACUAGAAUCAAUGAUGGAUUUUGCCAUUUCAAAGCUUGGAAAGAAUAUCAAAGUGAUGUCAAGUUCCUUUUCUCAAAGUCAAGACAAAUAUGUAGUUCAGGAAGUAAAUAAAAUUGGAGACAAAGCAGUGAUAUGUCAUAGAUUGAAUUUUGAAGAAGUUGUAUUUUAUUGUCAUGUAGUUAAUGCCACAACAACUUACAUGGUCCCAAUGAUGGCCUCUGAUGGAACUAUAUCAAAAGCACUGACAAUUUGCCACCAUGACACUAGAGGUAUGAAUCCUAAAGUGUUAAAUGAAGUUCUCAAUGUUAAGCCAGGAAAUGUAUCUGUUUGCCAUUUUAUUGGCAACAAGGCUGUUGCUUGGGUACCUAAUGUUAGCCAGUCUCGUGGUCAUCCUUGUGUCAUCUAGCAUAUUUGCACAUUGAUUGAAAUCUCAUGUUUGGACUUGUUUUAAAGUGAUAUAUGAAAAUAAAUAUGAUGUGAAAAAUCAUAUAUUAUGUAUAUUCAGUGUCAUCCAUGUAUUCUAAAUAAAAUUAGUUCUAAAUUAGUUAGAACUAUGGGUUUGUGUAUGUGCGAUGUAUCAGUCAACGGUCAGUCCCUAAUGUAUUUAUGUAACAUCUUAUCUUUAUAUGGAUUUCAAUUAUCUUGUAGUAUAA